AGGUAGUACAUUCGCGAUCGAUCAUCCACUCACUGCCUCCAACCUAGCAAGAAGCGGUGCAGGUAUCCAGCAAGAGUCCGGUGCUUGCACCCCAUCCAAGGAUUUUUGUUUUUGUGUAACCGAGUAUCUUGUUUGACAAGCGAGAAGCUCUCUGUUGCAAUUAGAGUUGCUUGAAUUAUUGAACAACAGCCAAUUAUCCGUCUCGGGAGUUCCACUACUGAUUUUAAACUUUAGCCAUUACAAGGAUUCUCAUUUCAAAUCGCAGGAAAAGUAUUUCCGGUUGUAAGGUCCACGUGACAAUUCCAUCGGCAAGCGCCAGCAUUCUCUACACAAAAUGAAGGAAGGCCCUCGUCGAAGGCGGAGACAGAGCGUGGAGAUUCUGUAUUUGUCUCUUGUCGCCGGUUCAUCAGCGGUGUCUGCCUUUCAGCCACUACACGCUCAGAGCCGCACAUAUCCACGGCGUACAUCUCUACCUGGACCUCCCCGGAAGCGCACAUCAUCCGUUGAAGUACAGAUGAGUUCUCCAGGAGUCCGCGUGCCCCGGGCAAGCGUGCGCGUAGCGAUUGAUCAACCACUGAUCUCUGAUACGUUCUUCACGAAAGGGGCGGCAGCCAAAGCCACGGCCCGUACCGGUAUUUUACAAACCGUCACAGGCGCGCUAAGCGCAAUCUCGUUGCGGACUGUAUUGACGACCGUUUUUGUGGCGUUGCUAGCUACGAUAUUAGUACGGAGUUCAAGCUCCAUUGCGGAGACGUUGGGCAAAACGUUUCGACUCGUUUCGGGGCGUGUGCAACGAGUCUGGGAACGAUUUCAGCGUGUCGACGAAGGCAUUCCAAUGCCCUUUGACGAGAAAGCCAAUGACGGGUGGGGUAUCUGCACCCUCAAAUCCAAGGAACGGUUGGGAAAGUCCAACUUUAUGCAAUACACUUUCGAUCUCCCGGAACCGGACUAUGUUUUGCCACUCGACUUGGGACAGCAAAUCAGUAUGAUGUGCUUGGAUGACGAUGGUGACGUCGCCCAGGGAGACUUUUUCUCCUACAACCUUUCGGCCAGUCCGAAACCCGGUUCCUUUACGAUUCUUUUCCCCACGGGCAGUCACGAAGAGAACACAUGCAGCAUCGGUUCGAGCGGGGCCAACUUUCUACGUGCUUUGAAGCAAGACGUAAAGGUUGGCGACGAAAUCGCAUUGAAACCGGGACCGAUAAAGCUGUCCUAUCGCGGACAAUACUUGCCAGUGACAGGUAUGGUUUAUAUAGCAUGCGGUACUGGCAUUGUACCAGUUCUGGACCAGGUUCGCGCAGUUUUACCUGCCGACUCGAGCAGUGUCACGAGUGUUUCUGUUGUAUGGAUCAACGAGGAAGCCAAGGACUUCGAUGUCACCGCGGAACUUUUGGAAAAAGAAUAUUACAAGUACAGCAAAAAGCUGGCAGUAUCGUGUGUAGUAGACAACACGAUGCAACGACAAUCGUUGGGGGAUAAUACUGAGGUCCACGCUGCUGUACCCGAUUUCACACAAGGAACCAUGGCCGUCAUCGCGGGCCCCUCGGACAUGGCAAAGAAGGCAAUAGCUUUCUUGGAAAAUCGAGGAUACCCUCGGGAUACUAUUUGUGUUUUGUGA